UUAGAAAAGGAUCCCAUCUAAAAGACGUCUUGAUGUCUUGCAACAGCAUGUAAAAAUUGUCUAAUUCAAUGUACCAAAAAUGUCUUCAUUGAUUCGAUGAAUGUUUAGUGAAAGCUGGCUGCAUUGUGAUUGUUCAGUUACCGUGUAACUUGUCCGCUCAAUGUCAACCCAUCUGCCCGACAAAAAGCUAAAUGUCAAUACAUGUUAUGGCCUUUUAUUUACCUCCUCAAUUAAAUUUAAAGUUUUGACUGAUUUUUAGGCUUUGGCAGAUACCACCAGAGCAGGAACGCUCAAUAUUGUCACAAUUUAAGAUACUCCAUUUGCUGGACGACUUUAUUAGAACAUUUCUGAGCCGACGUAGACAUUUUGACGUGGCAAUGUGAGAAGUGAUCGGCUACAACUGUAUCUAUUAUACCCGGACCGGACUUGAAGAACUUUGUUUCAGAAGAAGCGUGCAAGUGCCACCUUCAAAUCAUAAGUUUACAGCACUUGCUUUGAGUGAACACAGAAUUGUAGUUUAGGGUUGCAAAUUCCCCGCCUUUUUUCUCCUCUGUCUUCAAUUCAAUGGACGUCAAUGAAGAUAACCAUAACCGGGAAACCCUAACAGUUCCAAAACCUAGCCCUAGUCCAAGCCCCAUUAAUAAUGUCUCACAAACCAGUUGCUCACACCCUCAUCAGAACCCUAAUGACACUUCUCCCAAGAAGCCGCUCAGCCCUAAAGAUUUCGUCAUUUCAGUUGCCGCCAAUUACGCCUCUCAGCCUCUACAAAAUUACGACCCCAAUGUCUGGGCAGUACUCACUGCAAUUUCUAACAAUGCCCGUAAACGCCAACAAGGUAUGAAUAUGCUUUUGACUGCGGAUGAACAUUGCAUUGGCCGUCUAGUAGAAGAUACGCGUUUCCAGAUUGAAUCAAAUGCAGUAAGUGCAAACCAUUGUAAGAUUUAUAGGAAGAGAGUUGCAACUGAAGCUGUAGAAGAUUUGUCUAACGGUUACACAACUGUCUUCUUGAAAGAUACUAGCACAAAUGGAACUUAUCUCAACUGGGACAGAUUGAAGAAAAAUGUCUCGGAAGUCAAGGUCCAUCAUGGAGAUAUUAUAUCAUUUGCUGCCCCGCCACAUCAUGAAAUUGCAUUUGUGUUUGUAUAUCGAGAAGUCAUUAGAUCCUCUGCCUUGAUGGUCAGUGCCAUUCCAAAGAGGAAAGCAGAGGAAUUUGUUUCUGAAAAUAAAAGGCUUAAAGGUAUCGGAAUCGGUUCUCCUGAUGGUCCUCUAUCUCUUGACGAUUUUCGAAGUCUUCAACGAUCAAACACGGAGUUAAGGAAGCAAUUGGAAAGUCAGGUCGUUGAAAUUGAUACAUUGCGCAAUGAGAACCGUGCACUUAGUGAGCAUCAUGAAAAUGAAAUGAAGGAAAUGAAAGAUUUGGUUACCAAAUCAUACCUUGAUCAACUCAAAGAGUUACAACAUGUUUUAGACAUUAAGCAGAAAGAGCUGGUGGAUGUCAGUCGAAUAUCAGCUGAACAGAAACAUGCUAUAGAAGAUCUAAAUGAAAGACUUAGUGCUUCCAUGCAAUCAUGCACUGAAGCAAAUGAAAUAAUGAAGAGUCAGAAUGUAUCUAUAGCUGAACUCAAGGAGCAACUAGUUCAAGAACGAGAUCAGAGAAGAGUCGAACGAGAGAAGUCUGAAGCUGAUUUAAAAGCAGCAGUGCAGAAAGUUCAGUCAGAGGCUAAAGAAGAGUUAAAACGACUCCAAGAUGCUGCUCUAAGACGAGAAACUGAGCAGCAAGAAGUAAUUAACAAGCUUCAAAUAAUAGAGAAACAGAGCUCUUUGCAAGUUGAAAGUUUGAAGCUUAAAUUGGAUGAGACUAGGGAAAAGUUGGUUAUCUCUGAUAAUAAAAUCCGCCAGCUGGAAACUCAAGUUUGUGAAGAACAACUGGCCUCUGCAAGUGGGAAAAAAAGAGUAGAAGAACUUGAGCUUGAAAUUAAACGGUUGAUCAAAGAGCUUGAGAGUGAAAAGCAGUCUGCACGAGAAGAAGCAUGGGCUAAAGUUUCUACCCUUGAACUUGAAAUAAACGGUGCAAUGCGUGAUCUUGAUUUUGAGAGACGGAGACUAAAAGCUGCAAGGGAAAGAAUUAUGCUUCGGGAAACUCAGUUACGGGCAUUUUAUUCCACAACUGCAGAGAUUCAAGUUUUGUUCGCAAAGCAACAGGAACAACUAAAGGCCAUGCAGAGGACUUUGGAAGAUGAGGAAAAUUAUGAGAACACCUCUGCUGAUAUUGACCUCAAUGGAACUAAUGGCAACAUUAAUGGAGCUACAAUCAGAGAAAAAGAACCAAUUAUGAAGACUGGCUGUGCUACUUCAGCCCAGAGGUUUGAUAGAAUUCAAAUUGUUACUUCUAGUGAUGAAGCAAGUGCUACUGAGAGGCAUGACUGUGACGUCAGAAGUCAGGAAGAAGCCCAAAAUACUCAAGAAGCGGAAUUUACAAGUGCUGACCGCUCUUGUAAGUGGGGCUUUGGUUCUGAUAUUGAUGGUGUUGGCACAGCACCUAUAUUGGAGGGAGAUCCCAUUGGAACUGAGCAAGUUCUUGAAACUGAAAGCAUUGGAAUUGAUGGUGCACGAAACAUUGAUUUGAACAAAUCUGGAAAUUUAGCCGGGGAUACAAUGCAGAUUGAGGAUGAAGCCCAUCUACAUGAAAGUGAUGAGCGGAUUCACCGAAUCUGUCAGGAGACAUUUCACGACUCCCAAAAUAAUCCUCCUGAGAAUCAAAAAGCCCUUGAGGAUACAGAACCUGGAGGAACAAUCAGAACAGCUGACCUUCUAACAUCUGAAGUAGCUGGUAGCUGGCUUUGCAGCACUGCUCCUUCAGUGCAUGGAGAGAAUGAAUCUCCUAGAAGUAGAGACAACGAUGAGGAAGGUGCCUUAGGUCUACAUGAUUCCAGUGCUCCAUUUGCAGAAAGUCAAUGUGUGCCAAUUUCGAAGGCUGGUCCUACCAAAUUGAAUCGUGAAUGUCAAAAAUUAAGUGAGAUGAUUGGAAUAGUUGCUCCUCAAUUGAAGGAGCAGUUUAGUGGUGCUAUGGAUGAUGAUUUUGAUCAAGGGAGAAGAAAACAAGGUUCCACUUCCAGUUCAGAUACUGAAUGCUGUGCUGACAGUGAUGAUAAUAAUGAUAGAGUGGAUGAUAAAGGUGGAUCCACUCGGGGUGCAGAAACUGAAAGUAGUGUUCAAGCUAAUGAGGAUAAAAAUGAUGACGAUGAUGCAAUGGAUGAAGAUGAUGAUGCUACCCAGGAAGAGUCUCUUGGAUAGCAGGUCUGAAUUGAGGCAAGAUGGCAAGCAGCAAACAUUGACUGCUAUCUUCUUUUGUUGGCUUUGAGGAUAUCACUUUAUGUUCAAGUAUUUUAAUUCCUGUUGGAAUGCGGGGGGCACCUUUCAGUAGGUCGUCUAGAGAAACGUUCUUGAGGUGCUGAAUUGUUUACUUCAUGAAAUGUGAUAGUUUUGAACUCCAGUCUCUAAAUAGAGAAAGUCAAUGCAGUCCCCUGGUAGGGUUAGGGUAGCUUAUAUGGCCAUGUGAUUCUCUCUCCUAAGAAAUUCUGUGCUCAUAAUCUGAUAAAGCUUGAAAAGAAGAGUUUAGACAAUUAGUGUCAAAAAUAGGUGUAGAUUCGAUUCGAAUUGAUUCAAUUUGAAUGUGAUAUUGACUUGUUUAUAUAUGUGGUGAUACUGUUUGUUUCAUUAAUAGUUAUGAAGUUAUAUUGUACACUAAUUCGAAUGAGAUCGAAUUUGAGUUAGGCAUUAUAGACUUGAUUUGA